CUCAAUUUCACUGCGAGGGGCAUCGGAUUCGGACUCGUAAGGCUUAGCAAUUCAAGCAGUUAUUCGGCUUCCAUGGCUUUCGCGGCAGCCUCCAGCUUCACUACCCCUCUUCACAAUUUCUGUCAAGCUAAAGUGAUCCCAAAUUCUUCAUCUUCAUGGCCAUGUAUGGCCUUCGUUCCGUCCAUUAAAACCUCAUUUGGUUCCGCCAAGUCGAUCUUCUUUCAACAUGGGUUUGCCCAAAUUUCAUCCGAUUUUCCUGUGUUCACUGCUAAGUCUCGAUCUUCUGGUGUUUAUGCCAGAGCAGCCACGGAGAAAAGCAUUCAUGAUUUUACUGUCCAGGAUAUUGAUGGGAAGGAUGUUUCUCUUAGCAAGUUCAAGGGCAAGGUUCUUUUGAUUGUCAACGUUGCUUCAAAAUGUGGUUUAACAUCGUCAAACUACUCGGAACUUUCACACAUAUACGAAAAAUACAAACCUCAAGGGUUUGAGAUCUUGGCUUUCCCCUGCAAUCAAUUUGGUGGGCAAGAACCUGGAUCAAAUCCUGAAAUUAAAAAUUUUGCUUGCACUCGGUUCAAAGCAGAAUUUCCAAUCUUUGAUAAGGUUGAUGUGAAUGGACCAAACACAGCUCCAGUUUACCAGUUCCUGAAAUCCAAUGCUGGAGGCUUUCUGGGUGAUCUCGUGAAGUGGAAUUUUGAGAAGUUCUUGGUUGAUAAAAAUGGUAAAGUUAUUAACAGAUACCCACCAACAACCUCACCGUUUCAAAUUGAGAAGGAUGUCCAGAGAUUACUUGCAGCGUGAGGUUGAGAGUUGGAAAUUGUAGCAGUAAUAGGAAACAGAAUCCCGGUCAUGCCUUGAGGAGGAAGGAGCCUGUAAUAAUUUGUGACAGAUUGUCUAUAAUUAUCUUACCUGUUUUUAAUAAUAAGAGUAUUGACUUUUAUUUUUAUUUUGUUUUCCCAAUAGUGAGAGUAUCAGUUUUGGGAGGGCAAGUCAUAUACCAUUAUAGGCUAUGAAAAUGUAUUGAAUAUGACUCGUGAAUUUUAUAAUUUAUUGUAAAUUUUAUAUUUGACAUUUU